UCCGUCUUCCAGCUCUACAGCACCUCCGGCGCCGGCAAGAACCUCACCACGCUGGGCAUCUUCGGGGCGGCCACCAACAAGGUCAUCUGCUCCUCGCCCCUCUGCCCGGCCUACCGCAAGGAGGUGGUGGGCAUGGUGGACGACCGUGUGUGCAAGAAGUGUCCCCCACAGCGCCUCAGCCGCUUCCAGGAGGAAUGUCACAAGUAUCACACGCUCGUCAUCAAGGGCGUCCGCGUUUUCGACCUGGCUGUCCUCGCCCCGCUUAUGCGCGACCCGACCCUGGACCUCAAAGUCAUCCACUUGGUGCGGGACCCCCGGGCGGUGGCCAGCUCCCGCAUCAAGUCGCGGCAUGGCCUGAUCCGGGAGAGCCUGCAGGUGGUGAGGAGCUUCCUUGAUGCUGGCCACAAGCUGGGCGGAAAGAAGGAGGGAGGGGGCGGCUCGGACUACCAUGCCCUGGGUGCCAUGGAGGUCAUCUGCAGCAGCAUGGCCAAGACCCUGCAGACUGCUUUGCACCCCCCUGACUGGCUCCAGGGCAAAUACAUGGCUGUGCGCUACGAGGACCUGGUGGUGGAGCCCAUCAAGACCCUGCGGCAGGUGUACGGCUUCGUCAACCUGGCGGUCAGCCCGGAGAUGGAGAAGUUUGCCCUCAACAUGACCAGUGGCCCUGGCUACUCCUCCAAGCCCUUCGUGGUGUCGGCCAGGAACGCCACCCAGGCGCUGAGCGCCUGGAGGACUGCGCUUAGCUACCAGCAGAUCAAACAGGUCGAGGAGUACUGCCACCAGCCCAUGGCUGUGCUGGGCUACGAGAGGGUGGGCAGCCCUGAAGAAGUGAAGGACCUCAGCAGAACGUUACUUAGGAAGCCACGGCUGUGACAGGGCAGCGGCCGGC